AUGAACACUAGCUUGCCUCCAUUGUCAUUAUCAAUUCUCGGUGUCGAGCCUCUCGAUGAAUUCAUUCGAGAGAUCGCUGAUUUCGUUCACCAUAUGAUCGUGACGAGACCUGUUUAUCCAGAUGCAAAAAUCGAGGUAGAAGCAAAGCUUGGUGUCCUGAGAGACCGCACAAGUGGGCAGCGGCUGGUAUUGCCAGUUCUUGUGGAAACAAUCUUGAUCCCGAACUUGAAUGAGGUUGACGUUCGAUUCGAAUCCAAUAUGUCUCUUAAUCAGCACAGGCACUUCAAUAACAUGCUCAACGAUCUGAAACGAAUAUCAUCUCAACCGUCUCACCCGACGUCUCCCCUGGAGUAUACCCAUGUCAAAGUGGUCGAUUCCUUCUAUCUAUCCGAGGAUCGAGAAAAAAUACGCGUUACUCGCGAGGAGAAGAGUAACACCGUUCUUGAAAUAACACGCAAAAUAAGGCUUGGGAACCUCAACAUAUUUAGUCCCAAGAGGGCGGCGGAUUGGAGGGUCAGUGUGUCGCUCGAAGUUCCAGUUCCCCAUCCUGUUGGAUCUCCAACUCACAUACGACGGAAAGAUAGGAUAUGCUACUCUCAUGAGGAGUUCAACAUCGACCUGACCCAAGUCCAUUCCAGUAACAAUACAACAUCUAAUCCACCGCCUCAAAUUUUUCAUGAGUUGGAGGUGGAGAUCGCUCGCUCAGCAUUGCUGCUUUCAACUGCUUCCAAACGUGGGGAUCCAAAUGCGUCAGAAAUUGACCGCAACGCGUUUGACGAGCUUAUUCGAUCAUUUGUCAAUAACGCCAGAAUAUUGGUGAAGAACGCGAACGAUGGCUGGCACACGUAA